CCCGUCCAGGGCUCCGUGCGGGCCGGCUCCAUGGCGGCGUGGCCGGUGACCCGGAUGUUGCGGCAGCUCCUGAAGUCCAGCACCCGGGGCUGCAGCUCGGGAGCUCCGGUGACUCAGCUCCGCCCCGGGGGAGCCUCGCGACCCGCCUCGGAGGAGCUGUCCCCAAGGCUCCGGUUCCUCCGGGACCACGCCGCCCCCUUCUCGGCCUUCCUGACUGAUGGCUUUGGCCGACGGCACAGCUACCUGCGCAUCUCCCUCACGGAAAAGUGCAACCUGCGAUGCCAGUAUUGCAUGCCUGAAGAGGGUGUCUCCCUGACCCCCAAGGCUGACCUGCUCACCACCGAAGAGAUCCUGACCCUCGCCCGGCUCUUUGUGAGGGAAGGCGUGGACAAGAUCCGGCUCACAGGCGGAGAGCCGCUCAUCCGGCCGGACGUGGUAGACAUUGUGGCCCAGCUCCACCGGCUGGAAGGGCUGAGGACCAUUGGCAUCACCACCAACGGCAUCAACCUCGCCCGGCUGCUGCCCAAGCUUCAGCAAGCUGGCCUCAGCGCCAUCAACAUCAGCCUGGACACCCUGGUGCCAGCCAAGUUUGAGUUCAUUGUCCGCAGGAAAGGCUUCCACAAGGUCAUGGAGGGCAUCCACAAAGCCAUCGAACUAGGCUACAGCCCUGUGAAGGUGAACUGUGUCGUGAUGCGAGGUCUGAAUGAGGAUGAGCUCCUGGACUUCGUGGCCUUGACCAAGGACCUCCCCCUGGACGUGCGGUUCAUAGAGUACAUGCCCUUUGACGGCAACAAGUGGAAUUUCAAGAAGAUGGUGAGCUACAAGGAGAUGCUGGACACAAUCCGGCAGCGGUGGCCCGAACUGGAGAAGCUGCCAGAGGUGGAGGCCAGCACUGCCAAGGCCUUUCAAAUCCCCGGCUACCUGGGCCAGGUGAGCUUCAUCACGUCCAUGUCUGAGCACUUCUGCGGGACCUGCAACCGCCUGCGAAUCACGGCCGAUGGGAACCUAAAGGUGUGCCUUUUCGGGAGCUCGGAGGUGUCGCUGCGGGAUCACCUGCGGGCAGGGGCCUCGGAGGACGAGCUGCUGGACGUCAUCGGGGCGGCCGUGGGCCGGAAGAAGCGGCAGCAUGCCGGUAUGCUCAGUAUCGCCCAGAUGAAGAACCGGCCCAUGAUCCUGAUCGAGUUAUUUCCGAUAGCCCACGCUUCCCCACCAUCCAGUCGGAGCAUUUCCAUCUGGGACCCCCUCCAUGUUCCGAGCCUGAGACCCAGAGGGAGUUUCUCCGACCACAGGGCAACUUGGUGGAGAGAAGGCCCGGCCUCUCCGGCCUCCCGUCCGCCUCGACAGUGCUGGGGGUCUGGUUCCCCUCAGAGACUUUACAACUCCCACACAGCCUCCGCCACCAACUCGAAGUGCCUUAGCCCAGGGUCCCAGGCUUCUACCGGCCUCUCGGGACCCUGUUCAACCUCAGACCAACUAACUCACGUAGACCCAGCAGGACGAGCAUCUAUGGUAGAUGUGGGCGGGAAGCCAGACACAGAGCGGGUAGCCGUGGCCUCUGCCAUGGUCCUCCUGGGGCCUGUGGCCUUCAAACUUGUCCAGCAGAACCAGCUAAAGAAAGGAGAUGCUCUGGUGGUGGCCCAGUUGGCAGGAGUCCAGGCAGCCAAGCUAACCAGCCAGCUGAUUCCUCUGUGCCACCACGUGGCCCUGAACCAUGCCCAGGUAGAGCUGGAGCUGGACAGCACGCGCCACGCUGUGGUGAUCCGGGCAUCCUGCCGGGCCCGGGGCCCCACGGGAGUGGAGAUGGAGGCGCUGACCUCAGCGGCCGUCGCCGCCCUCACCGUGUAUGACAUGUGCAAGGCAGCCAGCAGGGACAUCGUGGUGGGGGAUGUCAAGCUUCUCAGCAAGACUGGGGGCCAGCGGGGGGACUUCCACCGAGCUUAGCGCUCCUGCCCCCAUCACCCAGAUCUCCCAAGGGUAUGUAAUAUGGACCAAGGGGAAGAUGUCACCUUCUUCUAAUUCUGACCACUAGGUGACAUCACCACAAGGAACACAGGGUCACCUCGUCCCUUCGCUACUGAUAUUUAUUGUCACCUACAUGGCUUCCUCUAUACAGAGGAGGCCACUGGCCUUGAAGCCUUCCAGGACUCUGAUGCAAUGGAGGGUUUACAAAGAGCAACACUAGAUACCCACCCCCCCAAAAAAAUCAUGUCAUAUCACUUAGGCUGUUUCAGACCACCUGCCCACAGCACUGCCUCUCAUUUGGGGUUCUCUCUCCUCUUCCUCGGGGCGGGGAGAAAAAGGGCUUGUCAGACAGAGGACCCCGCUUUGAGGAGGGGAACCACAAACUUACCUGAAGAAUGUAACCCAGAUUCAUUCUCUUCAGCCCUCCCCUUUGUGAAGCCACACUCUUUCCCCUGUCCGGGUCCCUUGUUCAAGAGCUAUGUGUCCCCCCUUUCACCUGGACCCCCGUGCCUCUCAGAUUUCUAGGCUUUCGAAUGAACAAUUGCUCUGUCCCAUCACCACCUUUGCCUUGACCCCACUCCCUCAAACGGGGUGCACAUGCGCAGGCCACGGACCCUCCAGUCAAUGCUGCUUCCCAGUCACGGUCCCCCCGUUCACGGCCGGUCUACCCCCAAACCCCACUCACACACACCAGGGAAAGAAGAGGGCGGAAGGCCACCUUCCCCUCACAGCGCACAAAUAAAGCCGCAGUGCCCAUUUGGGAGAUGCAA